AUGUGUCUGAUUUCCUCGCUAGGAAAACAUGUGCGGAGCUGUAUCGUUUAUACAUGGGACCACAAGUCCUCUGCUGCCUUUUGGGCGGGUAUGAAAGUCCAACCGAUCCUCGCAGACGAAGUGCAAACCUUCAAAGCUCUUAUCACGAUCCACAAAGUUCUUCAAGAAGGCCAUCAGGUCGUACUUGAAGAAGCUCAAAACCAUCGGAAUUGGAUUCUUAGUCUGACGAGCGGUGUCGGGUCUGAUGGCAUGCGGGGAUAUGGUCCUUUGAUUCAUGAAUACGUCACCUUUCUGCAAUCUAAGCUAGAAUUUCACGGCAACCAUUCAGGGUUCAAUGGUCUUUUCGAGUACGAAGAGUAUAUCAGCUUAAAGUCUAUCAACGACCCGAAUGAGGGCUACGAGACUAUCAGCGAGUUAAUGACUCUUCAAGAUCAAAUUGAUAUAUUCCAAAAAUUAAUCUUCUCUCACUUCCAACUUGGGACGAACAAUGAAUGCAGGAUAUCCGCUUUGGUACCUCUGGUUCAGGAAAGUUAUGGAAUUUACAAGUUCAUCACUAGCAUGUUACGAGCGAUGCAUACGACUACUGGUGAUGACGAGGCUCUUGAACCUCUUCGCAGCCGUUACGACGCACAGCACUUCCGUCUAGUUCGCUUUUAUUAUGAAUGCUCGAAUCUGCGUUAUCUCACGAGCUUAAUCACCAUCCCUAAGCUCCCACAGGAUCCUCCAAGCCUGCUGUCCGAAGAAGACGAACAACGCCCAGCACUCCCCAGACGACCAGCGAAGGAGACUGAGAGAGAGGCUACUCCACCGGCCAAGCCGGCAGCUGUAGAACCAGAACCAAUGAAUGAGUUCUGGAAUAACGAAGCCAGGCGUCAGCAGGAAGAGUUUGAGGCAGAGCAGCGACGGCUGCAGCAGCAAUGGGAGGACCAGCAGCGUCAACAAAUGCUCGCCCAGCAACAAGCACAGCGCGACUUUGAGGAGCAACAACGACUACAAGCUGAACAGCAACGACUCGCUCACGAAACGCUUCUUCGAGACCAAUAUGCACAGCAUACGCAAGGCCGGAUGGCUGAGUUGGAACAGGAGAACCUCAACGCUCGUGCGCAAUAUGAACGUGACCAGCUUUUGCUGCAGCAGUACGACAAGCGGAUGAAGGAUCUCGAGGAGCAGUUGAACAAUUUGAACAGCAACAUCAAUUUGCAGAUGAGCUCAAAAGACGAUCAAAUCAAGGCUCUACAAGAGCAAGUCAACACAUGGCGGACCAAAUACGAGGCUCUGGCGAAGUUGUACUCGCAAUUAAGACAAGAACACUUGGAUUUGUUGCAAACAACAAAGGCCUUGAAGCUGAAAGCCGCUUCUGCACAGGAAGCCAUCGACAAGCGCGAGAAGCUUGAGCGGGAGAUGAAGACGAAGAAUCUCGAGCUUGCUGAUAUGAUUAGAGAGCGUGAUCGUGCCCUGCAUGACCGGGAUCGCUUGACCGGAACUAACAAGGAUGAGCUCGAGAAGGUCAAGCGGGAGCUCCGGCUUGCUAUCGAGCGUGCUGAGAACGCAGAGAGACAGAAAGGCACUGAGAUUUCCUCCAUGUUGUCUAAGUAUAAUCGUGAAAUGGCAGAUCUGGAAGAGGCAUUGCGGAACAAAACCCGUGCCCUGGACGAGUUUGCGUCAUCUAGAGGCGAGCUCAGUGAAGAUCACCACACUGCCCUGCGCGAGAAGGACGAGGAGAUUGAAGUUUAUAAAUCUGGUAUGGAGCAAGCGCUCAUGGAGCUUGAAGAAUUGAAGAUGAAUCAAGGAGAUGCGGACCAUGCCCUUGACUCCCAAAUCGACGAAGUUCUGCAUGGCACGGUUUCCAAAAUCAACGAUAUCAUCGACUCGGUUCUUCAGAGCGGUGUUCAGCGCGUUGACGACGCUCUUUAUGAGCUGGAGUCUUCCAUGCAAGCUGGUAACCAGAAUGCAUCUCCUCCAUAUGUGCUGUCUCAGAUUGAAAAGGCGUCUGCCUCCGCCACUGAGUUCUCUACUGCAUUCAACAACUUCAUUGCCGAUGGUCCCAACAGUUCUCAUUCCGAAAUCAUCCGAACAGUUGCUAUCUUUGCUGGUUCCGUGUCUGAUGUCUUGAGCAACACGAAGGGUCUUACUCGCUUUGCGACCGACGAUAAAAGUAACGACCAGCUGAUUGGUGCUGUCCGUAAGCCCGCACUGGCAACUAUCCGCUUUUUCCGUGGCUUGCAGUCAUUCCGUCUGGAGGGCCUUGAAUCAUUGCAGAAGACAGACGUUGUUGUCAACAACAACCUCGAGGUGCAGCGAGACCUCCAGAGCCUUUCCAAGCUCGUCGAUACCUUUGCCCCCAAGGGCAGCAAGAUCAGCACAUCUGGCGACCUUGGUGAUCUUGUCGACCAGGAACUCGAGAAGGCGGCUAACGCGAUCGAUGCCGCUGUUGCACGCCUGGCCAAGUUGCGAAACAAGCCUCGCGAUGGUUACACAACUUAUGAACUCCGCGUAAGCGACACUAUCCUAGAAGCUGCCCUCGCAAUCACCAGUGCCAUUGCCGAGCUCAUCAAAGCCGCAACCGAAUCCCAGCAAGAGAUCGUCCGCGAAGGCCGGGGUAGCUCUUCUCGAACAGCCUUCUACAAGAAGAACAACCGCUGGACGGAGGGCCUGAUCUCUGCAGCCAAGGCGGUUGCCACUUCUACGAACCGACUGAUCGAAACGGCCGACGGGGUUAUCUCCGGCCGCAACUCCCCUGAACAACUUAUCGUCGCGAGUAACGACGUUGCCGCCAGCACAGCGCAACUGGUGGCUGCGUCGCGCGUCAAAGCCACGUUUAUGAGCAAGACACAAGAACGGCUUGAAAGUGCCAGCAAGGCCGUUGGUGCAGCCUGCAGGAGUCUUGUUCGUCAAGUCCAGGAGAUCAUUGCGGAGAAGAACAAGGAUGAAGGCGAUGCUGUUGAUUACUCAAAAUUGAGUGGACACGAAUUCAAAGUACAGGAGAUGGAGCAGCAGGUCGAAAUUCUCCAACUCGAAAACGCACUCUCACGAGCUCGCACGAGGUUGGGCGAGAUGCGCAAGAUUUCGUAUCAAGAAGAGUAA